AUGGUGGAGCAGGUUAUACCAAAACUGGAUCUCGUAUUAGAGAAACUUGGAGCAGUUGAAUUCAAACUUGGAAAAAAGAAAACGGAGAGGACUGUGAACGACAUAGAGAACGGGAUGAAUUUCGUUGAUGAGGAAAGGAAAUCCUUCAUGAUGAGAAUCCAAGAAUUACAAACCCAGCUUAACCAGCUCAAAGAUGAAAAACUUUAUAUGGAGGUCUACCAGCGGCGGGAGAACUUACGCUUUUUUGAAAUCCAAGAAGUAGGCGCAGAGGAAGACACAAAGAAGGUUUUGGUUAAUUUUUUGAGAACGGAGCUAGGUUUGGAAGAUGUCGAUGGAUUAGAAUUUCAAAGAGUACAUCGGAUUGGAAAGCGGGACCCCUCCGACGGAAAACCCAGACAGAUUAUUGUACGUUUCCUGAGAUACCCUGAUCGAGAGAAGGUCAUGUUUAACGCCAGAAAACUUAAAGGAAAAGACUUUGGGAUAUCGCCGGAUCUUCCAAAAGAAAUCUAG